GGGAAAUUAGUGAUCGCUUCAGCUGGAGAACAGAGGAGGUCGGUGUUGGAUAUACAGAAUGAAGGUGGUAACGUGUGAGAUUGCAUGGCACAACAAGGAGCCAGUUUACAGUCUGGACUUCCAGCACAGCUCCGAUGGACGCAUUCAUCGGCUGGCCACAGCUGGGGUGGACACCACAGUCAGACUGUGGAGGGUAGAGACGGGCCCAGACGGGAAGGCGGCGGUGGAGUUUCUAUCUAAUCUGGCCAGACAUACCAAGGCUGUCAAUGUGGUGCGCUUCAGCCCUAAUGGAGAACUGCUUGCCUCAGGAGGAGAUGAUGCAGCAAUUCUGCUGUGGAAGCUCAAUGACUCAAAGGAGCCUGAGCAGGCCCCCGUGUUCCAGGAAGAUGAAGAUGCUCAGCUCAACAUAGAGAGCUGGUCUGUGGUGAAGACACUAAGGGGACACAUAGAGGAUGUGUAUGAUAUCUGCUGGACGCGGGAUGGAAACUUCAUGGUGUCUGGGUCUGUCGACAACACUGCUGUUAUGUGGGACAUCAAUAAAGGACAGAAGCUGUGUAUCUUAAACGACCAUAAGAGCUACGUGCAGGGGGUGACCUGGGAUCCUCUGGGGCAAUACAUAGCCACUCUCAGCUGUGACAGAGUGAUGCGUGUUUACAGCACUCACACCAAGAAGAAGGCCUUCUGCAUCAGUAAAAUGAGCUCUGGGCCACUUGCAGAUGGAGAGGUCAAGCAGUACAGAAUGUUCCACGAUGACAGCAUGAGGUCAUUUUUUCGACGUCUUUCAUUCACACCAGAUGGGUCUUUUUUGCUCGCCCCAGCUGGAUGUGUGGAGAUUGGAGAAAACAUCAUAAACACCACCUACAUCUUUUCCAGGAAGGGCCUCAAAAGGCCUAUCGCUCACUUACCAUGUCCAUCUAAAGCUACGCUGGCCGUGCGCUGCUGCCCUGUAUACUUUGAACUGAGGACCAAGAAGGGAGAAGAUGGUUCUGUUCAGGCUCUUCCCAACGUAUUCCAGUUGCCGUAUCGUAUGGUGUUUGCCGUGGCGUCAGAGGACUCCAUCUUCUUGUAUGACACCCAACAGACCCUUCCUUUUGGCCUGGUGUCCAAUAUCCACUACCACACACUCAGCGACCUUUCUUGGUCUGGUGAUGGUUCCUUCCUGGCUGUGUCCUCCACAGAUGGAUACUGCUCCUUCUUGUCCUUCUCUCCUGGGGAGCUGGGCACUCCGCUGAAGGAGCCCCCCGCCCUGGAGGUCUUCGCCCCAAACAGUGGUGUUGAGAAAAAGGGCAAGAAAUCGGCCAGGACCUCAUCUCCUGUGACCCAGCCACCAAACUCAGUCCCGACUCCCACAUCCCAAACCAGCCUCGGCAAAGACGCCCCCUCUGUCACCCCCCCAGAGGAGAAAAAGAGCACCCCCAGUGCCAAGUCUAAACCUCAGCCCCGUAGGAUCACCCUCAACACCCUGGAGGGCUGGGGGAAGCCCUCCACCCCUAAAUCCACAGCUCCUUUAUCACCUCAGACCCCUACAUCUGCAAGCACAAGCGCACCCUCUACUCCCCAGUCCCGUGUUGGCCCUGUCACCCCUACCAACUCCUCUAAAACCCAGCGACGCAUCACUCCCCUCACUCCCUCCACCCCUAAAGCCCUCAACAGUGCUAAUAGCGCUGGGCCCACCACCCCUAAGGAUACAACCACCCCAAAGGGGCCCACUCCAAGGAGGGUGUCUUUGACUCCCAUCGCAUCCCGAUCUCCAGCUGCCGGUUUACUCUUCUUCACUCCCUCCUCCACUGAGAAGGCCAAACAUGAACGUCCUUCUCCUCCCACUGAUCCAGUGUGCCAGCCUCCGGAAUCCAAGCGGCCCAAGACCGGGGAGCCCGAAGCAAAGACCAGUGUCACCCAGGACAGUUAACUGGGAUCAGCACGGUGCUACGGCAGCAGAAAAGAGCGCAUACAGCAGAGGGCGACCGUUCAAGAAGCCUCAAUGCAAAACCGCUGAGGCACGGCCCCAAAGAUAGCUUUGUGCUCUGGGUUGAUAUUGUCUGUACUUCAUGUAACUAGAUGAAGCGUUAACCUCACAUAAUAUACUCGGUUAUAUAUAUAUAUUUUUAAAAAGCUAGAAAAAAAAGUGUCCUUGAAUUAACUUAGUCGUGUGUGUGUGCUCUGUAUCGUACAGUAAACAACUUUUGAUGUAACUGUAUUAUGUUUGAUUUGUUUGACAUUCAGAUGCUCAAGUGCAGUUGUAAAAAGGAACAUUCUGUCUCAUUUCUUUUCAGAAACAUGUGGUUUUGAAACUUAAACUGCCCUCGAAAAACGCAAGGAAGGGGGGAAAAAAAACAACAAUCAGGCGCUUCAAGGUUUCAUGCCUUGUGAGAGCUUUGUAUACAACCUGAGUCUUGAUUUGCUGAAGACUGGUGAGCAGCAACUUGAGUGAAAAAACGAGCAUUUAAGAGUUGUUUUCUCAUUGUCUA